AAAUCGGAGGAUAAAGCUGGCAGCCAUUUGCGUGCCUGUUCUCUAAAAAAAAACGAGUCCAAGUUCACUCUAGUGCACCAGCAGGUUAAAAGAGGAGAGACUGAAGUGAAAGAGAAAGGGACUCAAUUCCAUAAAUUGAUCCUGAUUUAUACUGUAGGAUUAACUGCUAUUUCAAUUUUCGUCUGCAUGUAUUUCAUAAAGGACUGAAAAGCAUUUCUACAUUAUUAAAAGAAGUGAACUGUGAACUAUCUUAUUUAUGAUUUCUUGUUUAUUGGGAUACAACACAGCCGUAACCAUAUGGGUUACAGUAUUAUAGACUAUUUUAACAGAAUUAUACUUCAACUACAUGUACUUUAACAUGUAAAACUUCAUACACUUGAGUAUCAAAAUUGGCGACAGGUUCAUUUCUAAUGUUUUGAAACGUUGGCCUAUGGUUGAAAAGUUUUAUCGCACAUCUUGUGUUUGAAUUUAUUUGUGUUUCAGUGUUAAUUUUAACUUCUAAGGUUGAUAAACUUUUGGAUCUAGCUUUAUUUCUUUCAUAUUUCACAAGAAAUAUACUUGAACGAUUUGAACAAAAAGGUUUUAACAUUAUAAACAGUAACAUAAUGGCAACAGGUUCAUUGUCUUCGGUUCCAAAACGUUUGCGUAUGGUUGAAGACUUUUCUUGCACGCGUUGUUUAGAGCAGAAUCUUACGGAAUCUGCAGACAUUUAUUGUGAAAAAUGUUUAAGGUUUUAUUGUAAAAAAUGUGUUAUCCUGCAUAGUCAGUUUUUUACAAAACAUAUGACAUGUGGAAGGGAGGAUAUUAAGAAAUGGCCAGUUUCUAAGGCGGUGGAAGAUUUUCUCAGGAAGUGUGAGGUGCAUGAGGAUGAAACACUGACACUGACACAGUUUUGCCAUGACCACAGUCAGCUGUGCUGCUCUGCAUGUGUUGGAACAAUUCACAGCCAGUGCAGAGAAGUGACCCAGAUUUCGGAGCUGACCAACUCGCAGCCCUCAGGCCUGGAGGGGCUGUCAGUGGAGCUGGAAACUGUCCUGGGGGAAAUUAAAACCCUGCAGAUCAGUCAGGAGGCCAGCAUUCAGUCAUUGCAGGGAACAUACAAGGAACAUAGGGAAAUUAUGAUAGAGCAAAUGUUUGGCAAUUUAAAUACUUAUAUAGAUGAAUGUGAUAAUAAUUCUGUGGGAACAUCAGGCGGAAAUGAGCAAUAUUUAAAAGAAGAGAUGUGUAAAAAUGUUGUUUCUAUCGUGAAUGAAUUCGAUAAUAUUACUGCGAAGGAACUUAACGAGAUGAAAGCUGAGGUUAUAAGCAUUAAAGGGUCAGUUACAAGUUCUAUUCAUAAAUGCACCAGUGUUCACAAUGACUUGUCACAAUUCCAUGAAAUUGUUCAGAAAAUUGGAGAUCAUAAGCAGCUCUGCCUUAUAGCCAGCAUAAAAUGUAAGCAUAUAAUACAGCAGGCAUUAACUCUGCUAGGAAAGUCAGGCAAGGUGUUUAACGUCCAGCGGAAGUCUGUGCACAAUGUGAGAAUACCAAGUGAUUCAUAUUCAUGUGAUAUCACAGGCAUAUGUGCUCUCCCAGAUGGACAAAUCCUGGUUGCAGACAACUAUAAUAAGAGAGUCAAGCUUCUAGACCAGCAGUACCAGGUGGUGAGUCACUGGGUAGUAGUAGUGGAUGCUAGUCCACAGGCCAUAUGUUUGAUCACACCCAGUGAGGUUGCAGUGGCUGUGAAUGACCAUGAUAGCAACAUACAGGAGGUCCAGUUUAUCACUGUCAACCAGGGAAAGCUUGUUUCUGGCAGGAAGUUUCAGUUACAACAUGAAUGUACAUGUAUUACCCAUCACCAAGGAGACCUUUUUGUCACCUCUGGUCAGGAACUGUACAAAUAUACGCUGAAUGGCAAACUGAUCUGCAGACUCUACCAAGAUAGAUCAGCUAAUUAUACAGUAUACAAGUGUGCUGUGAGUCCCACAGGAGACAGGCUGUACAUCACCAGCUACUGGCAGCACAAGCUUCUCACCCUGGCCAGGGAUGGCACACUCCUGGCUACAUACACAGACCCAGCACUAGAUAGCCCACGUGGUCUACAUGUGACCCCUGCAGGCCAGGUGCUGGUCUGUGUAGGCUGGCCCACCACUGUACUACAGGUGGGCUGGGAGGGAAAGAGUAAGCUGGCUACUCUUACUACACGGGAAGAUGGAGUGAGGAGCCCAUGGUCAGUCUGCUACAGCAGCACAACAUCAUCAAUCAUUGUGGGACAGUGGCAGGACGACAUCAUCCUGGUGUUCAGAGUGGAAUAGUGUGUACAUUCGCUGCUGAGACAGGACAAGGAUGCUGAGGAUGUGGUGGACAAGGAUGACCUGAAUACACAGAAGCUACUGCUCAGCAAAGAAUACAACUGUCUGGUGAAAUGCUCGACCGUAUCAAAGUCCAGUGAUGUCGGGGUACGCGGCCGUUCCAUGUCUGGGGAUUGCAUUUUAGCAGACACUAACAAGGGAGAGAAAUAAAGAUCUGCACCUGCAGUGAGUUGUUCCCCUUUAAUUGCUGUUUAAUUAAUUUAACGGACAAUAAAAAGGAAGAAAACUGAAGAUUUGCACCAGCAAAGAGCACCAGCCUUGAUAUAGAGUUGAUACGGCAACGACACAAGUCGGGCCCGCUGGAGCCCCAGUCCAGCACGACCCCUCCCCUGACCCCUAGCUCCUCCCAUUUGACCUCCGGCAUCAAAGAGUCAGCAUUGUUAAACAAUUCCAUCCCAUAGCAAUUUCUGAGAACAUAGAGUGUUCACACAUUUUUCUCAACAACCGCAAUGUCCGUGUUGAGUGAUCCGCACUUGAGCCCUGAUUGGUUUGAUAGACUCAAGUGCCGGAGGUGGUAGAAGUGUUACAGACAUAAGAAGUUAUUGCAGCAGUUAUGGAAACACUAACAGUCAGCUCUCGCUGUUGGACAUUACAAUGGAUAUUACGAAAAAAUACAAAGCUGGAUAACUCAUUCCAUUCUUUUUGGGACAAACAGAACUGCAGCAAGGAACAGGAGAAAAUCACGGAAUGAUUGAAGAGUUUAAGUCAGAAGUGUAAGCUUCCCACCGGGGAUACUCCUGGAUGGUCUUAACUUAAGGGACAGUCCAGGUUUGUCCUCUCAGGUGUCCAAACUGUCCAAAGAGAAUGCAUUUAUUUUUGACGCAGUUGCUAACAAAGAAAGGCAGUACCGACUUCGUUGUGAACAGUCAAGCAUAGUGCAUCCCUGGGGCAUGCCUCAGGCGGGAAUUCCAUCUGCAACAAGGUGCUAAAGGUGAACCCAAUAGGGUGUGUUACUAACCACUUCAAGACCAAACAGCGUCACAUUGAUUUAACACUAAAAAAAAGUGUUGAAAAAUGACAGCAGUUUUGAUGUGUCAUCUAGUUUGCUCUUCGACUCUCAAUCCAACGUUAGUUAGAACGCAAAUUCAGCAUUAAGCGUUAUCAGCGAGGCUCGAAGGUCAUCUCUGCUUCUUAAGCUUCAGAUAAAAUUAUAAACCAACAAGACGAACAUCGUUGAAUCAUUUCGCACAUAUACUAAAACUCGCUCAAGAAAUUCAGCACGUCACUUAUGAACAUCUCGCAAGGCGGCUACAUCAACACUUCCAACAGCUGAGCCUUUGUGAGUUCCACUCCUGUCCCGAUGAGUCGCUCGAGGUGAAACAAUCUAAUCCACAGAUAGAGCAGACGCUGAGUGACUCGUCUGUUAACGUGACUGACCUCCAUAUGUUGCUCUCUAAUAAUGUGAACCUGGCGCCUGAGGAGCAGUGUUGUCCUACAUUCUCUGUUCUGGGUGGUGACUUUGGCGUCGAGACUCACACAAUCUCUGUCUAUGGCCCUGUCGCAGCAGCAACAGCAACAAAAACAGGAAGUA